UUGGUUAGACAACACGUCUCGGAUCGUCGGGUCGGAAUGACUUUCAGUCUCUGUUUCGUUUGAAUAUCUUUAAAAGGCAUUAAACUUUUCAAUAUUUUGGUUUAGAUUAAGGACUGCAAAAUGAAGUGGGGGUUUGUUUUGGUAGCGUGUUUGUGUUUUUGUAAUUCCCUCGUGGAGUGCAAAUGGAAACAUGAGCGACGAGAAAAUCAUUGGCGGGAAAAUGCCAAUGAGAUGACGACAUCCAGCUACAGGCAGGACCCCCCUGACCACACCAAGUUGAUUCCAAUGGCUCGAUACGUCUUGCACAAUGCAGACUGGGCCUCUCUAGCUACGAUAUCAAUCUUGCCGGCUAUUGAAGGAUUUCCUUUCUCCAACGUCAAGUCUAUAGUGGAUGGAUCCCUUGCUAACUCGACAGGAGUGCCAUACUUCUACAUGUCACCAUUGGACUUCAGUGCUCGCGAUUUAUCGAAAAACAGUCGUGCUACCGUCCUCGUGUCCCUGGAAGAGACGAGGUACUGCGAAAAUAAGAAAAUUGACCCUGAAGACCCAAGGUGCACCAGGUUGAUGCUGUCUGGAAAGAUGAAGAAGAUUAAGGAGCGCACUCCAGAGUAUGAGUUCGCAAAGGCAGCGUUGUUUGAAAGACAUCCGGCUAUGGCUGACUUCCCCCCGGAUCACAACUGGUUUGUAGCUAAGUUGAAGAUCGCUCAAAUCGCAAUGAUUGAUUGGUUCGGAGGUGCCAAGUACAUACCAGUCCGCGACUACCUAGCAUACAACUACACUGGUACAGAAAUGCUACGGUUCCGCAACAAAGGAUUACAGAAAUAAAUAAUUAAAUUAAACGCGCUUUAGAAACGACUUUGAGUCUUAUGUCGAUCAAGAUAAGAUUCAAUGUUGAAUGCAAACCUCUUAAAUUAGAACAACAAUGUAUUUUUUUUUAUAAAACGUGUUAAAAGUGCGGAAGUUUUACACACGAGACACACUUCACCAUUACAUUUGCUUCAGUGAUGGUAUGUAAAGCCCUUUGUUUUCCUUUAGAGUCGCCUAAUAGAGAGAUAGGAUCACCUAGAAAACCCUCAAAUAGACUUUUGUAGAAGAAAUUCUUUACAAAAAGUCCUCACUUUGUUAAAAGUAUGUAUGUGUAAGUAAAAAUAAAAUAGUAAUGUAAACCUGUGAUAUAAGCGAACAAAACAAUACUAUUUUUAUACUAACGUACACUUAGCAUUACAUACAAAAUGUUUGUUGUAAUUAAAAAAUAAAAACAUUACUGUAACAAUAAAUAGUUUUAUUGAUUGCUUAUGUACAUUUUUACACAAAUAUGCUUCGUGGAAUGAAUUACAGAAACAUUUAACCAACUCCCUUAAAAACUUAUAAAAAUAAUCUUAGACUACUUAUACAAAUAAAAAUAAGACUUAUAAAAACAGUAGGAUUCAGAAAUGGCAUUCCUUUAUUUUCCUGUUGUAAACAUGUAACCAAAUAUGGAUUGUAGGUAAUUAAAUAGCCAUUUUUGGACAUUUCCGUGUAAAACCUACAUAGUCGCCGGUCGGUAAGGUUUAGGUAUUUUAAUAUUGAGACUACAGGAAGACCAGUGCAAAUGAAACUAUAUUUU